CUUCGAGUAUGGAAAGAAGGAAUAACUCAACAGAGGAGGGGGCGGCGAACUAGUUUGAAUUUUUUUUUUUUUUUUCUCGAAAUUGAAAUCAAAAUCCAGAAAGAAUUUUUAUUUUUCCUCUUUCAGUUUCUACUUUCUACUUCUCCCACGCUUCAUCUAAGAGGAUUAUGUAUCCAAAGAGAAGGUAGUACUGCAGCCUCAUUAACACUUCGAAAGACAUAAGACAGACAGAUGUUGGAAGGUCACGGGAGCCCUUAAUCUACCAUUGCAUGUUUUCAAAUCUCAAAGAACCUUUUGAGUUAUUGAAUCACAAAUAUGAUCCGUUUUCUAUUUUAUAACAAUAAGAAAUUGUCCAUUUUUUAAUAGUAUCGCAUUGACCCUGCAAUCUAAAAUUCAAGUAAGCCUGGAAUAUGAAGUACCUUCAAGCUGUAGACAAGGAAAAUCAGUAGGUCAACUUAAAUCUAUGAGAAUGCUGGCUUGCUCUUGUGUGGGUGGCUCUUUUCAUUGUGGGGUGGGGACACAGCUAUUGAGAAGCUGAUUUUCAGUUGUAUUUAUUUAGAAGAAAACAAGUGGUGAAUUGACAUGGCUGGGUUAGAGGAGCUGAAAAAGAAGCUUACUCCUCUUUUCGAUGUUGAGGACUUCUCAAUUGGAACAUCCUUGGACCCUUGUGAAUCUUAUAUGGUAUCAGAUGGUGGGACUGUUAACUUACUAAGCAGAUCCUGUGGAAUAUACAAUAUCAAUGAGCUUGGAUUGCAUAAACGAUCACCUGGACUGAUAGAUGAAAUAGAUGACACUGAAAAGACAUAUCGAUGUGCUUCCCGUGAGAUGCGUAUAUUUGGAGCCAUAGGUAGUGGUGCAAGCAGUGUUGUUCAGAGAGCUAUCCAUGUACCCACUCACAGAAUUUUAGCCCUUAAGAAGAUUAAUAUAUUUGAAAAGGAGAAAAGGCAACAGCUUCUUAAUGAGAUACGGACAUUAUGUGAGGCACCUUGUUACCAGGGUUUAGUGGAAUUCCAUGGGGCAUUUUAUACCCCCGACUCAGGACAAAUAAGCAUAGCUUUGGAAUACAUGGAUGGGGGGUCUCUGGCAGAUGUUUUAAGAGUGCAAAAAUGUAUACCAGAAAAAGUUCUUUCAUCUAUGGUUCAAAAGCUCGUACAAGGCCUGAGCUACUUACAUGGAGUACGACAUUUAGUUCACAGAGACAUUAAGCCUGCAAAUUUGCUUAUAAAUCUCAAGGGGGAGGCAAAGAUUACUGAUUUUGGUAUAAGUGCCGGUUUGGAGAAUUCAAUGGCUAUGUGUGCUACUUUUGUUGGAACUGUUACAUAUAUGUCCCCCGAGAGAAUUCGAAAUGAGAGCUAUUCUUAUCCAGCUGACAUUUGGAGCCUCGGACUAUCUUUAUUUGAAUGUGGUACAGGAGAAUUCCCAUAUACUGCUAAUGAAGGACCUGUUAAUCUUAUGUUACAGAUAUUGGAUGACCCAUCACCAUCACCAUCUACAUACUCACUUUCACCAGAAUUCUGUUCGUUCAUUGAUGCUUGCUUGCAGAAGGACCCAGAUACAAGACCAACAGCGGACCAGCUUCUAUCACAUCCAUUUAUUAACAAGUAUGAGAACGCUGGAGUAGACCUAGCAGAAUUCGUUCGAAGUGUUUUUGACCCAAUGCAAAGGAUGAAGGAUUUAGCAGAUAUGCUUAGUAUGCACUACUACUUACUUUUUGAUGGACCUGAUGAGCUCUGGCAUCAUACAAAGAACUUGUAUGAUGCAACUUCAACUUUCAGUUUUUCAGAGAAAAUAUCUGUUGGCCCAAAUGAUAUUUUUGCAACAUUGUCAAACCUUCGGAGGACAUUAGCUGGCGACUGGCCCACUGAAAGACUUGUGCAUGUUGUGGAGAAACUUCAGUGUCGUGCACAUGGUCAAUAUGGAAUUGCCGUUCGUGUACUGGGAUCGUUUAUUAUUGGGAACCAGUUCCUUAUAUGUGGAGAAGGAGUGCAAUUAGAGGGAAUGCCCAAUUUCCAAGAUCUUUCACUUGACAUGGCCAGCAAAAGGAUGGGAACCUUUCAGGAGCAGUUUGUGAUGGAGCCAGGGAGUGUUAUUGGACGCUACUAUAUAACUAAGCAAGAGCUUUAUAUCGUCCAACAGUAAAAUUCCAUAUUUUCUCUCUUCUUCAAUGUAAGUAGAUUUGACGCUUCAAAGUUUAUGGGAAAAUUGGCUCUCUACAGUCCUUGGAAAUAGCUUCAUCCCACGGGCCAUGGUUUUCUUCGAUGUGGUUACUGCUCUGAUCAUCCAUAUGCCAAUUUUUCUGGUCCAUCGGUGGGGCUUAUCCUGUGGCAAUAUGGUUUUGGACUUUUCAACCUUCCUCUUCAAAGCCUUAUCCCUCCAUGUGGCAAUAUGCUUUUCGCUGAAACUUGCCACAUAAGCACAGGCUGACUGGCUGAUGUAGAGAAAUGUGUCUGCUACAGCUUAAUUGCCAUGUGGUAGAAAACAAAGCCUGGUCUUUCCAUGGGUAGCGGAGGCAAACUCUCCCAUAGUUUUUAUAACUCCUAUAAACUGAGGUUGCUCACUAUCUGAUGCUGAAACUAAUCAUUUUUUGUUAAAAGUAUAUCUAUUUUGCAGAUGGAUUUAUCCUUUUAUUAAGCACAUGUGUACCUUUAAUGAGCAGCUCUGCAUGUUUGGAGAAUGGUACGAGACCCCCAGCAUAUGAAAGCAUUUGCUAUCCUCAACUCCAGGAACAACUGUUGUAUAUUUUGUCUCUGAACCAAUAAGUAUGCCCCUUUGGGUUGUAGACAAAUAUGUGUUACAAGUAACACUAUCCAUUCAGGAAAAGGUAGACCUUUGAUUCACAAACAAAGAUCAUUGUUGAUGGGAUUGGAUUUGAUAAAAUGUUGGCCACAGAAUGCAUCACUCCUUGAACUGAAUUGAAUGCUCUGAAUUGGAAGAGUUCAGCAACUCUGCUUGAUCAAGUGGCCAUUGACUGACUCAAGUUGUGUUGGAUUUCAUAUCACAGCAUCCUCCUGGAUCUUUUAGGUUUUACUUGACUGAGAAAGUUCAUCUCAUCCAAAGCUGAGAAAAGUUUUGCUUCUUAAUUUAUACUAUCAUAAUGUUAAAGGUGCAGAUUAAGAGUGUUUGCAUUCAAACACUGGUUCACUGGUUCACUGGUUCACUCUGAUAAACUGUAAUAAUAUCAUUUCUGGAUCAUGUCCAUGUUUGCCAUCA